AAGAUUUCUCUGAAGCAUAAUCUUCAAGAUGAAGUUCUUACUAGCAAUUUUAUGUUUCAUCUCAUUCUCCUUAUGGAUUGAAGAAGCCUAUUCCAAAGAGAAGUCUUCAAAGAAAGGAAAAGGGAAAAAGAAGCAAUAUCUAUGUCCAUCGCAGCAAUCAGCUGAAGACCUUGCAAGAGUACCUGCUAAUUCUACCAGCAAUAUCUUGAACAGACUAUUGCUCAGCUAUGAUCCCAGGAUAAGGCCUAAUUUCAAAGGAAUUCCAGUCGACGUUGCAGUUAACAUCUUCAUUAACAGCUUUGGGUCAAUUCAAGAGACAACUAUGGAUUAUAGAGUCAACAUCUUUCUAAGACAGAAGUGGAAUGACCCCAGACUCAAACUGCCCAAUGACUGGAGAGGUUCAGAUACACUGACAGUGGACCCAACUAUGUUUAAAUGUCUUUGGAAGCCAGACUUAUUCUUUGCAAAUGAAAAAAAUGCUAAUUUCCAUGAUGUCACACAAGAAAAUAUCCUCCUUUUUAUAUUUCGGGAUGGAGAUGUCCUAGUCAGCAUGAGAUUGUCUAUUACACUGUCAUGCCCUUUGGACUUGACCUUGUUUCCUAUGGAUACACAGCGCUGCAAGAUGCAAUUGGAAAGCUUUGGUUACACAACUGAUGAUUUACGGUUUAUCUGGCAGUCUGGAGAUCCUGUACAGUUAGAAAAAAUUGCUCUGCCUCAGUUUGAUAUUAAAAAGGAGGAUAUUGAAUAUGGUAACUGUACCAAGUAUUACAAAGGCACAGGUUAUUACACUUGUGUAGAAGUAAUCUUCACUUUAAGAAGACAAGUUGGAUUUUACAUGAUGGGUGUUUAUGCUCCUACACUGCUAAUUGUUGUUCUAUCCUGGCUGUCAUUUUGGAUCAAUCCUGAUGCAAGUGCUGCAAGAGUCCCGCUGGGUAUUUUCUCAGUGCUCAGCUUGGCAUCUGAAUGUACCACUCUUGCUGCUGAACUUCCCAAAGUGUCUUAUGUGAAGGCCUUAGAUGUCUGGUUGAUUGUUUGCCUUCUCUUUGGGUUUGCAUCCCUGGUGGAAUAUGCUGUGGUUCAGGUAAUGCUAAACAAUCCAAAGAGAAUUGAAGCUGAAAAAGCAAAGAUUGCCAAGGCAGAGCAAGUGGAAGGGAAGGGUGGAAAUGCUGCCAAGAAGAACACUGUGAAUGGCACAGGGACUCCUGUUCACAUCAGCACUUUACAGGUUGGUGAGACCAGAUGCAAAAAAGUUUGCACUUCGAAAUCUGAUCUGAGAUCCAAUGAUUUCAGCAUCGUUGGAAGCUUGCCAAGGGAUUUUGAAUUAUCAAAUUAUGACUGUUAUGGGAAGCCCAUUGAAGUCAACAAUGGGCUCGGGAAAUCUCAAGCCAAGAACAACAAGAAGCCUCCUCCUCCCAAGCCUGUCAUUCCAUCAGCAGCAAAGAGAAUCGAUCUUUAUGCAAGAGCACUGUUUCCUUUUUGCUUCUUGUUCUUCAACGUCAUAUACUGGUCCAUAUAUUUAUGAUAAAUCUUUUAUUUAUUUUUUCAUAUGUGUAAAAUAUAGCCCAUUUCAUUAUCCCUUCCCAGUCAUGAAGGCCACUGUGUGAAAUUAUUUGCAUUUGCAAAGCAAUAUGUUGCAUUUUGAUGCCGUGCGAUUGUACUGAACAUAUGGCAUCUGAAAUUCGAAUGAAAGCAUGACACUGCAAUGUCUGUGCUCUGACCAACUUUGUAUAUAAAUGUACAGCAUACAUCCUGCUUUAGGAAUAUAUAUGAAGGACGAUGCCUACUACAUUAUAAAGCUGAAUAACGCUCUUCAGUUAUUAGUAACAUACAGAAAUUUAAAGUGUUUCUGACAAUGAAACUGAUGUGCACGUUGAGUAUUAUUAAAAUCAGUAUUCUAGUAUAUGUAGUAUUUAACAGCUUUUCUGCUGAUUUCCAGAGGAAAAAGAAACACCCACCAAACAUCUUGUUCAUGUAUAAUUUCAGCUGGCACUGUUGAAGAAAAAGCUAAGGUGUAAUUAUUAUAUUAUUAUUUAGGCUUUGUAAGUGAAGGCAGCAUCAAGUAAGCAGAUCUUGUCUAUGUGGAAAAAUAAAGAUCAGAGAACUACUAAUUUUGUAAAAUCAGCUCAUUUAGGGAAAAAACCCCAACAACUGUGUCCAUGAAGCAGGCACAGUUAAGUGUGUUAGACUAUGCUGGCAAUAAAACAUUGGGGCAAAUUUUAACUGCUGUUUCUUUAGCCACAAACUGGAUACAGUGUAUAAAAAACAAACAGGCCACUUUCUAGACUGAAGGUAUCAGGAAUUUUGGAGAGGCAUCACAAGAUGCAGCUCAGUAUCAGGUUUGUUAUACAUUUUUACAUUAGUUUGUCCUCUGGCUCAGCUUCUGUAGCAUCUGGCAAGCCUGCAGUAUGUAAGUCACAAUUUUUUUUGUUGUUGCAUUGGACACUUCUUACUGGAUUUGUUUUGUUUAUCUCCUUGAAAGUUUUUAUUUUAAACAAACCAGUUGUCAAGACAAAAUCCCAUUUUCACCAGUGAUGACACCUUUUCUUGUUUGCGUGCUAGCUAGCACAUAGCUACCAGUAGGAGUGAAAAGGGGCUGAGACUCUCAUGAGCCUUGGUGUCCCUAUGUGUUAAAUAAUGGCUGCCGUCCCCAACUCAUUGAUCUGGAUGCUGCAUUUUGGAGAAUAAGGUCCUAUGCAUGAAAUAGUUCUGAUAGGAGACUGAUUUCCAUUUUCCAGAGGAAAUUUUAUGGCAUGGAGACUACCUUAACGUGAGCUCCUUGGUGUGCAUAGGGCAGGGGCUUUGGUCUCCUGUGGAUGCCAGGGUACAUCCUUUCAUGAGGGCAAAGAAAAAGAAAUGUGAAAAAGAAAAAGAAAUGUGACCAAAAGAAAGCUGCGUGUAGGUAGGCAUGUGAGUAGAGUGUGUUUCCUGAGAACAGGGACUUGGCCUCAGCCCAUGAGAGCAUGCAAUACAUGUCUCUGCUGGGGAGAUGGAGCACCACAGCUAGUUACAAUAGGAAAAUAAGGCAAUUCAUAAAGGGAAAUCUGGACUGUUGGCCCCUCAUAGGCUAGGAAGGGACUGGUUUAAAUACAUGAAACAUUCCAUAGUGUGGAAACAAACAAUCCCACCUAUUGUACUACAUUUCUGGCAUGUCCAGGAUGUGCUGAGCUGAUGCAGACCACAAAGGGACUGUUGGAUCACUUGGGAGUUGCCCACAAGGAGAAUGUUGUCCACAUGCAGCAAUUCUGCGCAACCAAAAGGUCAAAGUUGUGAAUGUAAGAAGAGGAAUGGCACGCCACACUGGCUUCACUGGACAUCAGGUGAACCUGCACACCCGGAGCUUUUUCAAGCCACUGCCACUUUGUGAUCAGCAAGCUGGCUGCAGCCACUCGUGUUUGAGUUGAAGAGAUCUGCUCUUCACAGGAUGGUCACACACACUCCACCAGCUUCCUGGCCAGGCUCAUGGGGGUUUCUGGCAGCCACUCUACCAAGUGGCCACAGUUUGUCCUUUGGGUUUCUUUCUGAUCCAAAGAAAUGGAAGGCAAAUCCCAGAUGUUACUGAGCUGUGUGGAACAGGGGCUGAGGGAAAUGAUAACUUUAAGGUCUAGUUCAAAGUUUUAAUAUUUCCGUUAGUUGAAGGUAAUUGCAGAAUUGUCAGAGACUCUAAGAAGCAAUAAGGAUAAAUGAAAGAGAGGAAGGAUAGGAGGGGGAACUUUUAUACAUACAGAAUGGUAUAUUUAUAGACAUUAUUUAUUCUCAUACUUGUAUUUUUUCUUACAAUACUGGAAGGCAAAAAAAUAAUUACCUUGUGUCGGAAAUUAUAUGAAUUUUGGAAGAUAACUUUCUUGUUAGAACUCUUAUUAAAUGAUUUAUCUGUAAUUAAUGUCCACAUUCUAUCUGUAAAACCUCAAUUAUAGAUUUUAUUGUUAAAUUAA